AUGGCCCGACAAGUACCAAAUUUGACAGACUCCGCCUCAGAAAGCAUGGCCAACUUUAGAGCUUUACUGUGAGUUUUUUUAAUUUGAAAAUCUUUGCAAUCUGACAUCCUCUAGUAGGAUAUAAAUUUCUAAUUUUGCUUUGUUUUCAUCCAUAGCAACUUUAGACAAGACCUCAAUGACAAAGAUGUGCCACUUUCAGCUGCACUACACAAAGGGGUUUUAUUCAACAGAAAUCGGGACCAAGAAUAUUCCAAAAAUCUAUUGACAGCAUAUGCUCACUAUCCCUACUAUGCAAGUAACAAUCAAGCUAUUCCUUUACAGUAUGUCCCACAAGUGGCUUCGUGUUCUUGUAGUACGACCAGCAUUUCUCAAGCCAAAUGGCCUGAGAAGAGUGACAGAAGUAAACGCUCAGGCUGGGAAAACGUUGAAGCAUGAAGCUCAAUUACUGCUUACCGAGAGAUUGAUAGCCCUAUUGUUUAAUAGUUCCUGGAACCAAUUCCGUGGACGAGGGAAUACCCAAGCACAUCUUAGCCGGCGAAUAUUUUUAAGGCAAGAGGCUCAAUAAAACAAAUAGGCAACUGGAGGGAAUGAAAAGUCGCUUAAGAGAGCUUGGAGAGCUGAAAUUGAUGGACCAAGGGGGGAGUUAUUAAAGAUAUUACAGUUACAUCAAUUCACAAGACAUCUCAUGACCUGGUCAGACCAUUCCAGCAUUAUGAACCAUUGCCACCUUCUGCUAACUUUAAGUGCAAUCUAUGAUCCUACAUUCUACUAUACUUCUGAAGAGCUCCAUGGGAAGAAUGUUCAGGAGUUAGUACAGAAGCCUUACAUUUACAUCAUGGCUAAAUGAAGGGAUACCAUUGAAGAUCAGCUGUUAUACAGUGAAACUAGGCUGGAAGAUCUAAAUGAGCUCAAAAAUCAACUUUUGUCCUCCCAAAAGGUCUCCACUAAGGACAUAUGCAGGUUCUUUCAUGGGGCCGGAUCAUCCUUUGCAAGAGGUGGAAAGUGGAGAGCAGAUUGGUGGUGGCUUUGGGUGCCGUGGAUGCACUGGAGCAUCAGCCAGCUAUAUUGACCAUGUGAUGUGGUUCACUGAGGGCACCACACAUUACCCUCGAAUAAAGAAGAAGAAAGGUACUGGAAGGUCCAGCUGGAAAAGAAAGAAGAAAUUGUGGAGCGCAUCCUUUCAAAAACAUGAGCAAAGAAGAGCUGAUAAGAUAGUGCAACGGACGGCACUUACUGGUCGAUGGUUUUCUAAAACCUGCACUGGAAUCUAACCGAUCAAUGAGGUGGUAUCCUUAAAAAAACCGCGCAGAUGAUACAGAAGUAAGAAUAGAUUGCGAAUAAUUUUUAGGUGAAGAGACCAGAGGCGGGGCCAGAGGGUCAUGUAUGGAGAAACGUUUUCACAAUUUUUGCGUAGAGGCUUAACUCUACAGUCGCCUAGCUGCAACGGCAAUUUGUGUAUUCUUGAUCGCUUGAUAAUUCUAAAUGAAGAUUGAAACUUUCAAGAGAAUCAGCUUUUACUAACAGCUUUUCGCAGGGGAAGCACAUUAAGGCCUUAUGUCCGUAGUUUCCAGUCAAACUGAAUCGUUCACAAUGAAUAUAUUGGAGUUGAGCGAAACGUUUUCUGGAAAACUGCAUAAUAGCAGUGCAAAUAGCACUAUUUCAAGCUAAUGAAAAUUAAUUGAUUAAAUGUACUCAUUAUUUUAUAUCAACUCCAGAGCCAGUACCCUGACUCCCACCCGCAGCACAAAAAGCAAAACUCUGACAGCUGAACAAACCAGCCUUAUUCAGCAUUUUUACCUCAUUAAUUUUGCAGAAUUGACGAGGGGGAGGAAGAAGAUGAAAAACAAGCCGUUCCAGGAUCAAAGAGGUUAUAAACAGCUCCUUUCUUCUGUCUUUCUUUCCUUUUUUUAGUAAAGAUUGCUAAAUAACCAGGUCAUUAUCUUUUUCUUGAUAAUUCUACGAACAUUAAUGAUGUUUUAACUGUUUUUUUUAUAAGGAGCAAAAAUCAGCACCAAGAUACAAAGGAGGAGAUUGUGCCAGCAGGGAAGACCCGCGGAGCCAACUGCAACAAACAAUGUUCAGCUGACAUGAUUAUUCUAAUCUUUUUUUCCUGGUAUUGUUGUACUUCAAAUUUAAAUAAAAAUGAAUUAGACGUGCAUUAUUUACAAAUGCAAAUUAAGCUUAAUUCUUGCGUUACUUUAUUCAGUUGACUUGUUCAUAAAUAAGCUUAAAACUAAAUUUAAUAACCUCUUUUACAGAAUGAUUUUAAAUACGCAAACAAUUCACAAUCCCUUUUGAAAAAAUUUCCCGCAAGAGCUAAACAAAUGCCUUCAAAAGUUUUAAUUGUCAGCAAGAAAAAGCGACGGCUGCGGCCGUUCGCUCAUUGCACGCCAAAAUUGUAUUUCGUUGAGAAGCGCCGUUUUCAUCUGAUAUGUCACUUGCUAUGUUAAUAUUAUUAAUUUAACUGACACCUGAGCCAGUGCUAGAAUGAGCUGCCCACCAGACCAGCAAUAUUGGACAAGAUAAAUGGAAAACCUAGACCCCAUCCCCCCUCUCCCAAAGAUCAACCAUGAGAAAAUAGUGCAUUUUUGGCCUUCAUGCGGCUUCAUCCUUGAUUUGGGGGAUUUGGGGGAUAGGGGUUUGCUGUUCCAUUUUAAUCUUUCCAAGCACAAAACAACAGUUACUGAUAUCAACAAAAUAUCACUUUUUUAGGUUUGACAAGAGAGAAAAAGAAAAUGGAGACCCAGCCCUUCAAGGGUUUAAAAAAACAACACGGCAACCCGAAAGGUUAGAAACAGCUUCUUUCUUAAGAGGUUUUAAAAAAGAAUUCAUGGUGUUCAGUCAUGGUUUUGGCGUAUGAUAAUGUUUUCACAGCCAUACGAUGCAUCUCUUAACCCGGCCUUAUAGAGACGGAAAUAAUAAAUACAUAAUAAGGAAAUACUAAUAUAUAUUUUUUUAAAAUGUCAUUUUUACUUAAGAUGAAAAAAAAAAAAAACAGGAAAAAGGCACACAUUCAUGGCUUGCAGCAUUGUAAUACAAAGGAGGAAAUCCUGCCAGCGAGGAAGACCGGGCCACCAUGCAACUGCAGCGAACAAUGUUUUGAAAAGGUACAAAGUUAGUUCAUAACAAAUUAUUCAGCUUGGUAUCAACCCUGGUGAUUUUCUCUUUCUGUUAUCCGCCUUGGACCAAACACGUUUCAGAAUAACUUUUUGAACAGGAUCUGGUCAGACCAUUCCAGCAUUAUGAACCAUGGCCACCUUUUGCUAACCGUAAGUGCAAUCUAUGAUCCUACAUGCUACUAUACUUCUGAAGAGCUCCAUGGGAAGAAUGUUCAGGAGUUAGUACAGAAGAUUCACAUUUACAUCAUGGCUAAAUGUAGGGACGCCAUUGAAGAUCAGCUGUUAUACAGUGAAACUAGGCUGGAAGAUAUAAAUGAGCUCAAAAAUCCUUCCUCCCAAAAGGUCUCCAUUAAGGACAUAUCCAGGUUCUUUCAUGGGGCCAAAUCACCCUUUGCCAGAGGUGGAAAGUGGAGAGCAGAUUGGUGGUGGCUUUGGGUGCUGUGGAUGCACUGGAGCAUCAGCCAGCUAUAUUGACUAG